AUUUUUAUAAAAGUGUUUAUACAUUGUGAAUACAGUAGUCAUUUAACGAAAUCAAAAUGAAGAUAUCCUGGAUGUUAUUCGCUUUAAUGUCGAUGUCUCGAUGUCAAGAUGAUGAUGAUGAUGGAGGUGAUUUGGAUUCCUUAAUGAACUAUAUUUAUAACACUACAAUACAAACUGAAGUGCCUCCGAGAUUAGGAGUAGAGACUUGCGUCACACCAAACAAGAUAAAGGGUGAAUGCGUAAAUUUUAACCUCUGUGGAAAUGCUGGAAAUAACGGUGAAUACGUAGUUAACAUCAGGCUACUUGACGGACCUUGUAAAUCAUAUUUGGACGUAUGCUGUGUCCCGACAAAUGUACAAGAUCAUACCAAACCUUUGUCAAAACCUUUCAUACCGCGCGAAGGCUGCGGUUGGCGCAACCCCAACGGUGUCGGAAUGGUCACUAUCGGGGAUGUAAACGGCGAGGCUAAAUUCGGAGAGUUCCCAUGGAUGGUCGCUGUUUUAAAAAAGGAACCGACAAUCCCCGGUAGCUUUAAGCACAUCGGUGGUGGGUCUCUUAUCCACCAGAGCGUGGUAGUGACCGGUGCUCAUGUGGUAUUGGCCCCCACCAGUGCUGGGCGACUGAUGGUGCGCGCCGGCGAGUGGGAUACACAAACAACAAAAGAGCCAUACCCACAUCAGGACAGAGACGUGGGCAAUGUAAUAGUACAUAAAGAUUAUAAAAGCCGAAACUUAGCUAACGAUAUAGCAUUACUCUUCCUGAAUCUGCCAAUGAUGAUGACGCCCAACGUUGGGUUAGUAUGCCUACCCGCACUCGGCCAGACUACGCCGCCUGGCACGCGUUGCCUCGCAUCCGGCUGGGGAAAGGAUCAGUUCGGUGAAAUCGGCAAAUAUCAAGUCAUACUGAAGAAGUUGGAACUACCGGUAGUAGGUUCUCAGAGCUGUCAGAAGCGGCUGCGUAUGACACGUCUCAGUCCAUACUUCAAUUUAGACCCCAGCUUCAUGUGUGCGGGCGGCGAGGGUGGCAGAGACACGUGCGUCGGUGAUGGAGGCUCGCCAUUAGUCUGCCCGUUGCAAACAGACCGAUACGUACAGGCGGGUAUAGUAGCGUGGGGUAUUGGCUGUGGAGGAACAACUCCUGGGGUGUACACUGACGUAGCAAAGCAAAGGGCCUGGGUGGACGAGCAGAUGACCGCCGCCGGGUAUGACACCAGCAGUUAUACUAUGAAGAUGUAAAUAAAAAAAGUCUUAGUUAAUUCAAUAAAUAAAUAAGACCGACUAACUAUUCCUUGACUGAAUCGUAUAAUAGUUCACUUAUGAAACGAAUUAAAUCAAAGUUUGAAGAAGAGGCGCGAAGAAGAUAAAUUGUUUAUAUUCACGCCUUUUAAAUAAUCUUUUAACUUUCCACGAAGCUUGAAACAACUUUUUGCUGGGACAAAGAAUUCCUCAUAAACAUUUUGUUAUUGCGUCCGCAUUGCAUUUAUCUUUUGCCGACAGUAUUAUGGUA